GAAGAUGGCGGCGGCGGCGGCGCCCGGCGGACGGGCCGCGGUAGCGGCGCGACGGGGCCGGCGGCGGCGGGGGGCCCGGCCCGGGGUGGUGUCGGAGGAGGAGGAGGAGGAGGAGGCGAAGGAGAAGGAGGAGGCGCUGCUGGCGGUGUCGGAGUGCCCGGGCUGCCGGCAGGCGCUGGUGGAGGCGGUGACGCCGCCCUGCCGCCACUCGUUGUGCCCCGCUUGCUUCCAGCGCUGCCUGCAGGGCCCGGGCCUGUGCUGCCCGCUCUGCCGCAGCCGCCUCUCCACAUGGGCCCGCGCCGAGCCCGCCGCCACCACGGCUGCCGGAGGAGGAGGAGGAGGAGGCGGGGAGCAGCGGCAGGAGCAAGACUUUAUAUUCAGAGCACCCAUUAAAUUAAGCAAACCAGGGGAACUCCGAGAAGAAUAUGAAAGCCAGCUAAGGAAGCUGAGAGAAGAAAAGCAACAAGAGGAGAAAGCUUCUGAGGAGCUGAUCCACAAGUUCGUUCUGGACGAUGGGGAUGUAGGAAAAAGAAAAAUGGAAGAGCAGCAGAAGAAAGAGGAAUCUUUAGUUCUUAAAGCAAACCAGGAGUGUUUUCCUGAACGUCUCUCGGAUUCAGAGAAUGAAGAACCAUUCCAGGGCAGGCAGACACAUCGAUCGGCUUUUGUUUCCAAGACCAGUGCCUACUCCUUUGCUUUCCUUUCAGGGAACCUCACUGCCAAGGUGGAAAGGAGUCGGAGCUGCAACGACACCAUUCAGGAGAGAUCAAAGAGCAGGCAGAGAUCAGCCCCAGCCAACAAAACAAAGGUAGGGGCUGUCAGCAGCACGUCCACGCCGCUGGUUGGGGUCCUGUCAUCCACCCAGAACAACCGCUGCCUCUCAGCCCCAGACCUGACAGCAGAGAAGCGCCUGGUCCUCAACCCCGUUUCAUCCCUCUCAGCCCUGCACAAGCCAGAGAGAUCCAUCAGCCCCGAGAGCAACGACAGCAUCUCAGAGGAGCUCAACCACUUCAAGCCCAUCGUCUGCUCUCCGUGUACUCCACCAAAGAGGCUUCCUGAUGGCCGCGUCCUGAGCCCCCUCAUCAUCAAAUCCACCCCGAGGAACCUGAACAGGAGCCUGCAGAAGCCAACGACCUACGAGGCCAGUCCAAGAAUCCUAAAGAAGUGGGAGCAGAUCUUUCAGGAGCGCCAAAUCAAAAAGACUCUUUCCAAAGCGACCCUCACGUCCUUGGCUUCAGAGCACGGGGAAGAUGCUACAGCUCCUGACAUCACCAGCUCCAGCAGUUGCAAUAAGGAGCAGCCACAGGCUCAGGAUGAUCACCUUCCACCCGACACCACCGGAGACCCUCGCCCCGAGCUGGAUUUCCUCCCUUCCAUCAGCGAAACGAAGCUGGGAAGAGGGAAUGAGAAGAGCAGAGAUGCCCAGGCCUUAACCACAGAUGACAGCGCUGCUGAUCCAGACGUGAGAUCCAACAUCACCUCCCUCAACCCACGAGUGUCCGAGGUCCCUGACCUAAAGGUGAACGCCUUCAUGGACAAAUCCUGUCUGAGCCUCGGCUCAAAAGUGCUGGGCAGGAGACUGCUGGGUGUCAGCGCAUCGCUUCCCGACAGCACCGCGCUGAAAGCACCGGGGAAGAAGCAGCUGAAAUACCUGAACAACAGUGAAUUGAUCAACGUCCAGAACAGCACCUGCAGCUCGGUGGAGAACCUCCUCGGGGAGCAGCCCCCGGCGCUGCGACGGGGCCGCAAGAGACGCUGCAAAACGAAGCACUUGGAGCACAACGGCUCCGUCAAGAGACUGCGGCACCCGGCGGGAGAGGUGGGCUUGGUGCCCGAGGUGCGGGACAUGGAGCAGAAGCUCCAGCAAGAGGAGGAGGACAGGAGGUUGGCCCUGCACCUCCAGAGGCUUUUCGACAGCGAGAACAGGACAGUGGAGAGGCGGAAAGUCAGAGUGGAGCGGUACCUGCUGCGCUCCAAGAGCACGCUGGGUGCCAAGUAGCACUGGUGGACGCUGUUGCCUUGCUAGAGGACGAUGAGGUUUAUCAGAUUAUCCUAUAGGAAACCUAUUUUUGGUCAUACUUCCACCCGCACAGUUGCUUUUCUCAUUGUUGGUGGUGAGAUGUUGUAGGUCCAGUUCAGACCGAAGCCAGAGUCCUUUCAGCUGAACGAAACCAAGAGGGGUUGAGGGAAAAGUUCCUCAAGUUUUCCUGGUCCAUUGGUCUGAAAGAUGUGUGCGUUGUCCCCGUGAAUACACUGCAAUGUAUAUGCAAUGAAUACCUCUGCAUGCAGGUGGUGACAUU